AUGACUACCGAUGAUGAUACAAAACCAUUAUGGCAAUAUGUUACAAAAAAUGAGAGAUUGAAUGAAGGAAGGGGGAAUAUUUCUUGGCAAUGUAAUUUUUGUCAAGAAAAUAAAAAAGGUUCUUAUACAAGAGUUAGAGCACAUCUACUCAAAUUAAGUGGAUUUGGGAUUGGAAUAUGUAAAAAAAUCACCCAUAAAGAUCUUGCUGAAAUGCAAAAAUUAGAAGAUGAAGCUAAGACGCGUAUUGCAAGGAAUGCACCUAAACAAGUUCCUUUACCACCUUCACGGCAUAUACAAACUAAAUCUCAAUCUUUUGGAACUGGAAGUGGAAAUAUGGUGGGUAGCUAUUCAAAUUCUUAUUCAACAAUGGAACAAAAGAAAAGGAAAGGAAAUGUUAGUGCACUAGAGAAAUCAUUUAACUUGGCAAUUCGUGAUCAAGUAGAUUCAGAGAUAGCUAGAAUGUUUUGUUCUUCAGGUUUGUCUUUUCACUUGGCUAGAAAUCCACAUUAUGUCAAUGCAUUUUCUUUGGUUACAAAUAAUGCUUUGUCGGGUUAUAUAACUCCAGAGUAUAAUAAAUUGAGUACGAUUCUUCUCCAAAAAGAAAAAACAAAUAUAGAGAGAUUGUUGCAAUCUGUGAAAAGUACAUGGUCUCAAAAGGGGGUAAGUAUUGCCAGUGAUGGAUGGAGCGAUUCGCAGAGGAGACCAUUGAUUAACUUUAUGGAAAUUACAGAAGGAGGACCAAUGUUUCUUAAAGCUGUAGAUUGCUCAGGUGAGACUAAAGAUAAAUACUUCAUAGCAAAUUUGAUGAAAGAAGUUAUAAAUGAGGUGGGACAUGAGAAUGUGAUUCAAAUAAUAACUGACAAUGCUGCAAAUUGUAAGGGUGCAGGACAAAUUAUUGAAUCACAGUUCCCCAGCAUAGUUUGGACACCUUGUGUAGUUCAUACCCUCAACCUUGCUUUGAAGAACAUUUGUGCUGCAAGAAAUAUUAAUAGUAAUCAACAUGUAUUUGCAGAGUUUAGUUGGAUUUCUGAAAUUUCUAAUGAUGUUAUGUUUGUCAAGCACUUUAUUAUGAACCAUUCCAUGAGGCUUGCUAUGUUCAAUGAGUUUGUGUCUUUAAAGUUACUUGCAGUAGCAGAAACACGAUUUUCAUCUACCAUCAUUAUACUUAGAAGAUUUAAACUCAUUAAGGGUGGCUUGCAAACAGUGGUUAUCAGUAAUAAAUGGGGAUGCUACAGAGAAGAUGAUAUGGUGAAAGCAAGAAGUGUAAAGAAGUUAGUACUUAAUGAUAUUUGGUGGGAUAAGAUUGAUUAUAUUCUUUUUUUUACCACUACUAUUUAUGAUAUGAUCAGAGAUUGUGAUACGGACAAACCUUGCCUCCAUUUGGUAUAUGAUAUAUGGGACACCAUGAUUGAAAAAGUGAAGGUGGCCAUCUAUAAACAUGAAGGAAAGCAUCCAGAUGAAUCAUCAUCAUUUUAUGGAGUGGUGCAUCAAAUUUUGAUUGACCGUUGGAAUAAAAAUAAUACUCCUCUCCAUUGUUUGGCACAUUCUUUAAAUCCAAGGUAUUCUAAGACAUCCUAG